GUGUGUGCAGUGUGCUUAGGCUGGAGACACGUGUUUGGACACUACAGAGACGCCCUACUGAGAACACACUCACUCAGUCACUCACAGGAUGGGAUUCAGGCUGAGCUUCCUGCUCCUGGCUCUAGCCGCGGUUGUGGUGUUUGGCCAAAAGAAGCGCGUCGCUAAUAAAGAAUGGAGCUACCGUGAUGGAUCUGAGAAAGUGAGCAUGAGAGGAGUGGCGAAUUUGACUCAAGUCCUGGAUGACUGGAAGUUCGGUAUCCUGAGCCAGGUGAAGGACAUUCUCCAGAAAGACCACCAGAACGUGCUGCCUGAUUACGCCAGGAUCCAGCCUUUGUCUGAGGCUUUGGACGACUUGUACAAGGAGUUCAAUGCCUUGAAGAGCCACCUUGGCGAGCUGACGGAUAAGUUCACGGCCAUCGAGAGCUUCAUCGACGACCUGAAGAUAAACAAGGAGAAGGAGAAAGCCAACACCCCUGCGCCCGUCACUCCGGUGAGACGGAGGCUGAUCAAGACUCGUACUUCAGCUUCGUCAAGCUCCUGAGCGUCCAGAACUUUCCAUUAGAGCUGCAUCUUGUUACUGCAUGUUGCUGGGAAACAGGUAAUACACAAAAUGCUGAACUGCUGAAAUCCCCCAUGUUGUGGUUUCCAGGCCACAUAGCAAAGCGACCAUUUGUAAGAAAAAAGCAAAGUGUUUAUUAUACUAUUACGCUAGACCUAUAUGUAGAUAUACAAAGACAUAUAUACAAUAUAUAGAAUUAUAUAGAAUUAUAUAUUUUAUCAGCGGAUUGUAUUUGGAUUUGGUAAUCAGAACAUAUAUUAUUUCUAGCACAUGAGCUAAUGUAUUAGGACAUUAUUCUGCAUUUAUAUCUCUCUGAGCAUGAUAAAGUGGUGCUUCAUUUCUUUCGGCUCAUGAUCUGAUCUAAGCUAUGAAUAAAAUCUGAUGUUGAUGCA